CCCCCAUUAUUAAGUUAUCGGUAUUUCUCUUUCUCCCUCUUCCCCACCCCAUCUUUCUCUCUAUCACAAACAAAAACAAAAUGGAUAAAAAACAGUGCAAUACGUCUCAAGAUCCUGAAGUGAGAAAAGGGCCAUGGACAAUGGAAGAAGAUUUGAUCUUGAUCAACUAUAUUUCGAACCAUGGGGAAGGUGUUUGGAACUCUUUGGCCAAAGCUGCCGGUCUUAAACGUACUGGAAAGAGUUGCCGACUUAGGUGGCUAAACUACCUCCGUCCUGAUGUUAGAAGAGGGAAUAUUACACCCGAGGAACAACUUUUGAUCAUGGAGCUUCACGCAAAGUGGGGAAACAGGUGGUCAAAAAUUGCCAAGCAUCUACCAGGAAGGACUGAUAAUGAGAUAAAAAACUACUGGAGGACCAGGAUUCAGAAGCACAUCAAGCAAGCCGAGAACUCUCAGCAACAGAGUAAUUCUAAUUCUGAGAUAAAUGACCAUCAAGCUAGCACUAGCCAAGUGUCCACCAUGGCUGAGCCCAUGGAGACCUACUCUUCACCCUGUUACCAAGGAAUGUUAGAGCCAUUUUCUACUCAGUUUCCCAAUAUUCCAGAUCAAUCCAGUUGUUGUACCAAUGAAAACAACAAUUAUUGGAGCAUGGAGGAUAUCUGGUCAAUGCAGUUACUGAACGGGGAUUAAAUAAAUAAUAAAUAUUAUAAAGAUAAACUAAGUGCUUAAUUAAGUUCCAUAAAGCUGGAAUCUCUCCUGCUGAAAAACAUAUAUCAUUAGGUUUGUUUAUAUAUAAAGUAGUUGGAUGUUUGGUUUUUCGUACAAUUAUAUGUCAGAAUCUAAUUAGUUAUGUGCUGUAAUAUAUACGAGAUCUUAUAUUAAACUGUAUCUGCAUGCUUUUAUAUCAAAUGAGAUGCUUUGUGCAUCAGAUAUGGUUGAGAACCACAAAGUUUCCGACGUCUAAUA